AUGACAUUACGAUAUAUGAGUCAAGGAAUCCCUGUGUCAUGUGUAUAUGAUCGAGAAAAAACCAGGCGACGAAAACUAUCAAAAAUAAAAACAACUACUAUGACAGGUUCCAGCGGGAGCGAUGAUAAUGGUGUGUUGUACAUGAUAAACGAUGACUAUGUUGGUGAUUAUUCGGAUGAUGAUUCGAAAAUAGAUGAAUCAGCGGAGAGUGAAGAGGGUGAAAGUGAAGAAGACGAUGAGGCUGGCGGUGACGACUGA